CAGAGGUGAUAACAGAGAAGCUGGAUCAAUCAAAUGAGAUGAAUACAAAUGAAGCAAAUGAGAAAACAGAGGAGAUCACUCAAAAGAUGGAUCAAGUUGAUGAGGUAAUAACCCGCAUUGUUGAGGAGACAGUGGAGAUUACUCAGAAGAUGGAUCAAGUUGAUGAGGUAAUAACCCAAAUUGUUGAGGAGACAGACGAGCUUACUAAGAAGAUGGAUCCAGCUGAUAAAGAUGGUGAAGAAGAACAAGAAGGCAAUCAAAAUGAAGAAGAUGGUUCUGUAGAACCAUCUUUUGAUCUUGGUUGUUUCAGUUCAGCUGAGGAGAAAAAGAGGAAACGGGUUCAGAAACGCAAGGACAACAAGUAAGGCGGAGCCAGCGACUAACAACACCAUCAAUGCCGAUAAUAUCACCAUACCGAGCAACACGUAAUCCAGCAACAACAACACUAAAUCCGAGUAUGAACCCCUUUCUUUCUCCAACAUUAGAAAACGACGAAGAAAUGACUAUUUGGAGGAAUGCAAACAUACAAACCGGGAAGAUCACUGACAGAGAACCAUUAACGCCACAUUGGUUAAGCAUUGUGGAAAAACCAGAGGCGCAUCUUCAAGAAACGCAUAUUGACGCAGCAAUGUUGGCAAUUUGGUUCAAAAGGGAGCGAGACCCGGUGUACUUCCACAACAAGAGGCUGCCGAAGUCUAUCUUUGUCAACACUGGUUUCCUUAGAGUCUUGAGAGAGUGCUAUCCUAGUUUCAAGAAGGACAACCUCAAGACACAUUAUAAAUUCCCGAAGAGACUGUUGGAUACCAUCAACAGAAAAUCGCCUUCGAUUUCCAGCCUACAGACGGCAUGGUAUGAAGUGGAUAAUGCAUAUGGGAUUGCAUAUUGCAAAGAAAUCAACCAGCAUAUUGGCAUCGAAGUGAGCUUCAGUGAAAGGAAAAUAACGGUGUUCGAUUGUAGAAGCGACAACUACAA